AUGGAUGGAAAGACAGCCGAGCUGGACAUUUCCUUCCGUGAGCACUUCGACACCCUGAUCUCCAAGCUGAGAGCUGAAUUGCUGCAUCACUACGACAGAGAUGUGGCAUCGCGACCAGAACCGGAGUCUGAGAAUCAGGUGGACACUGAGGUAGUUCAGAUCGUGCAGGUCAUGCCGGGCAUGUCGGCCUCCAAGGGCAACGGCUCAGAUGGCUCCGACUCAGAGCAGAUGGAGGAGCCCCAAAUCCAAAGUCUACACCAAUCCGGCCUGGAAACCGGACCUCCGCCGCAGCCGGAAUCGUGUCACAGCGCUCCAAGACCGCUCGUGGUACCAAUGCACGACAGCUCCGAUGAGUCGGAGGACGAGGUGUCUGAAUCCAGCCUGGGUGACGGAGAGCUUAAAACACCGAAAAAGAAGACGCUACCGGUGAACCCUUGUCGCCCAGAGCUUCCGGAUCUUCCACAGGAGGACGCAAUAGCUGCCCCGAAAGCUACACCAAAGAUGCUUCUGGUGUCGCAGGUGGCUCCAAGCUCCAUGGAGCAUCUGCCAUUGCCAAACACCUUGGAGACCCAGGAUAGCGCACGCAUGGAGACUUUGCGCGUGCAGGCCGUCGCGUCACAGGGCCACAGACCCUCAGUGAAUUCUGCAAUGAAUUCAUCGAGACGUGGCAACCCGACCGACUCCGAGUCCAGCUUCGAAUCAAGCAGCGAUGACGAGGACGGCCUGUACCCAGAUGGCCACACACCGUCAAACAGUCGAUUGACCAAGAAGCGAAUUAGCAAUGCCUCCAUGGCCGAUUUCUUCAAACGGGAGCCCGCUGUUUCUCGAGUGUGGCUCUUCCUGGAGGAUCCCGACUCCAGCCGAGCGGCAUAUUGGUUUGCCACACUGAGCAACCAGUUCAUCUGCUUGAGCAUCAUUUUCACAAUUUGGCAAGCGUCGGAUCAUCCACCCUUUUCCGCAUUGGCGGAGGGCGUUAUACAGAUAGCUGUUGAGGUGCUGCUGUUGCUGGAGUUCACCACUCGAUGGAUUGCGUCGUCUGGACCGAAAAGAGAUGUCAUGAAGAAUCCGUACAACGUGAUCGAUAUUGCGGCAUUUGUUCCAACCAUAGUUCGGCUCGCUGUUGGUGUUGAGACCCCUUCGGCGGCCGAGAACCCACCAGCGCACUAUCUCUUGGUCUGCUUUGUUCCGGUGGUGCGGCAGCUCAAGCUUAUUCGUCGCUUUCAGAAAUUGCAGCUGCUGCUGCAUGUACUGACUACUGUCAUCGACGCGCUGAAGCUGCUACUGUUCAUGGUUUGCUUGAUUGUCCUUUUCUUUGCUGCGGUGCUCUACAUCGUGGAACCACAAACUGCCAUAGACACGCUUCCAACUUCGAUAUGGCUGUGCAUUGUGACUGUUACGACUGUCGGUUACGGAGACGUGGCGCCCUCAACUUGGCCCGGGCGCAUUGUGGCUGGAACCCUUUGCUUCAUUAGUGUCCUCUUCAUGGCUAUGCCACUUUCGGUUCUAGGAAACGCGAUGUCCCAAACAUGGGCAGAUCGACAUCGCAUCCUCCUCAUGACACGCACUCGGUCUCGCCUGAAGAACCUGGGCUACUCCGCACAUGACAUGCCCAAGCUCUUCAAGAAGUUCGACACAGAUAAUAACGGCGAACUGGAGCUAGAGGAGUUCUGUGACCUGGUCGCCAAAAUGAAGGUUGGUGUCAAGCCGCAUGAGGCGUCCGAGCUCUUCAUGGCAUUUGACGAUGAUGGAAAUGGAGGGAUCGAUGAAAGAGAAUUCAUGAAGGCACUUUUCCCACUGGACUAUCGGCGGAUGUACAGGCGAGCCUCUGGUAUGACAUUCGGGGCAUAA